AUGACAGCACGUUCGAUCUUACAAGUUUUUGAUCAAUACCAAAAGGCUCGUUUACUCUUUGUUCAAUCUGUUGCUGACUUUGCUUCAAAACCCAAUACUAUAGAUUGUUUAGAAGCUGCUGGAGUUUUGGAUCUUUUAUGUCCUUUGCUAACAGACCUUGUACCAUCUAUUCAGCACAUGGCUGCUGUUGCAUUGGGAAAAAUUGCAAAUAACAAUCAUAGAUUAGCACAAGGUGUUGUGAGAAUGGAUAUUUUACCUGAAUUAUUGAAGAAUAUUGCUAAACAAAAUAAAUUUUAUAAGAAAGCAGCCCUAUUUGUUUUACGUGCAAUUGCUAGACAUUCUGCAGAAUUAGCAUCUAUGGUAAUUCAAAAUAAUGGAUUAGAUACUAUAAUAACUUGUCUAGAAGAUUUUGAUUCUGGUGUCAAGGAAGCUGCUACUUGGGCAUUAGGAUAUAUUGCUAGGCAUAAUAAAAGCUUAGCUCAAGCUGCAGUUGACACAGGAGCUGUCCCAUUUUUGGUUUUAUCUUUACAAGAACCUGAAUUAUGUUUAAAACAAAUUAGUGCAUCUGCUUUAUUUGAUAUAAGCAAACAUAAUAUAGAUCUUGCAGAAACUAUUGUCGAUGCAGGGGCCAUUCCUUUCUUGGCAAAGGCAUUAUCUAAUCCAGAUACUAAGUUAAAGCGUCAAGUUCUUUUGGCAUUAAGCAGUAUAGCGAAACAUUCUGUGCACCUAGCGGAAUCUGUUAUUGAAACUGAGAUUUUCCCUGAUGUUCUUGUACAUAUGGCACAUCCUGAUGAGUGUGUUGUUAAAGCUGCUGCAAUGUUAACCAGGGAAAUUUGUAAACAUACAUUAGAAAUGGCUCAACUAACUGUGAAUAUUGGUGGUAUUGGUGCACUUCUUGAAUUAAUUAGCACUGCAAAAUUAACAGUCAGAUUACCAGCAAUAAUGGCAAUUGGAUAUAUCGCUGGUUACUCAGACCAGUUAGCCAUUGCAAUUAUAGGAUCUAAAGGAAUUGUUCUUCUAUCUACUAUAUUACAUGAAGAAAAUGAUGACCAUACACUUGCCAUUACUGUAUGGGCAGUUGGUCAAAUUGGAAAACAUACAUCAGAACAUGCAAAAGCAGUUGCAGUUGCAAACAUUCUUUCAAAGAUAUUACAACUUUACAAUCAUCCAAAUAGUUCAGAAGAUCUCAAAGCAAAAUGUAAUACAGCAUUGAAACAAAUAUUACAAAAAUGUACGUAUAUUGAAGCUUUGGAACCUUUAUUACAUGAUUCGCCACCUAAUAUUCUGAAAUAUGUGCUUGGACAAUUUAGUAAGAUUUUGCCUCAUGAUGCAAGGGCAAGAAGAUUGUUUGUAACGUCUGGUGGUUUAAAGAAAGUACAAGAAAUCCAAGCUGAUUCUGGUUCAACACUUUUGGAAUAUAUACAAAUUAUAAAUUGCUGUUUUCCAGAAGAAAUUGUCAGAUAUUAUUCUCCUGGAUAUCCAAACAGUCUGUUGGAAGCUGUGGAACAAUAUCAACCAAAGUGCCCUUCGUUAUUUGCGAUAGAAGAACAUCUGUCUUCUGACAUUGAUUCUAAAUCUUCGUUAUCGUCUUUGAACGAAGAGGGUUGAAGUUUUAUUUAUAUUGAUUAUACAUUAAAGUUUUAAUUAUCUCGAUA